AUGUCAAGGUCGGCGACACCUUCCUUGCCUUUGCAUAAUGCAUCAAACACCGACUCUUUGCGGCCUCCUUCUACGACCCCUUUGACCGGACGCCCAAAUGCUCCAUCUUCCACAUCCACCUCGACGUAUUCGUGGUUGGAGCCUUACGAAACCGCCGAAAGAUUGCGAACCUCUCUAUCGCAUGGUCUAACUCCCGCCGAAGCGGAAGUGCGUCUCGCACGAGAUGGACCGAACGAGCUUCCCCACGAAGAGCCCGAACCCCUAUGGCUACGAUUCGUCAAACAAUUCAAGGAGAGCCUCAUUCUCCUGCUCCUCGGGUCCGCGGGAAUUUCAUUCGUUAUGGGCAAUUACGAUGAUGCCAUCAGUAUUACCCUCGCAGUGACGAUUGUGGUGACAGUUGGAUUUGUCCAGGAGUACCGGUCGGAGAAGUCGUUGGAGGCGCUAAGCCGGCUUGUGCCUCAUUAUGCGCAUCUGAUUCGCGAUGUCCCAAGUGCAUCCUCCACGGCAGCUGAGAGUGCCGGUACCCCACCCAUGGACUCCGGCAUGGAGAUGGACGAACUCAAAAGCAAAAGCCCAAGCUCCGCAUCUGCCGCCGUGAAGGCGUCCUCGACCGUUCCCGCUCAUGAAUUGGUGCCCGGAGAUCUGGUGCUCUUCACUACCGGAGAUCGAAUCCCUGCCGAUAUUCGGAUUACUGCUGCGACAGACCUUGGCAUCGACGAGUCCAACUUAACUGGCGAAAAUGAACCUGUAACCAAGUACACCGAGGCUCUUCGCAGCACGUCAAAGGGAACCGCUCCGGCACCGUCUACACCAGAGCCCCCUCGCUCGCCGUUCUAUGAUGCGCCGGCCACCGGUGCUGUCGGCGCUGAUAUCCGUUUGAAUGAGCAGCACAACAUCGCGUUCAUGGGCACAUUGGUGCGCUCGGGCUAUGGCCAGGGUAUCGUCAUCUCGACCGGUGCUAACACGGAGUUCGGUAGUAUUUCGGUUUCUUUGCAAGAAAUCGAGAGCCCCCGAACCCCGCUCCAGCUGUCCAUGGACCGCUUGGGCCAAGAACUGAGCUAUAUCUCUUUCGCUGUCAUCGGGCUGAUUGUCGUUAUUGGUCUUUUGCAAGGUCGUAAACUUCUGGAAAUGUUCACGAUCGGUGUCUCGCUGGCUGUUGCGGCGAUUCCUGAAGGAUUGCCCAUCAUUGUGACUGUCACUCUUGCUUUGGGUGUUUUGCGCAUGGCCAAGAGAGGAGCUAUCAUGCGGCGACUGCCCAGUGUUGAGACUCUUGGCUCUGUGAACGUAGUCUGCUCGGACAAAACUGGAACGUUGACUCUCAACCAUAUGACAGUCACCAAGAUGUGGCACUUUGACUGUGAGGAACCAUUUGAGGUGCAAAGAGGCAUCACCACCGUCGUGACUCCUGGCCCUGCCGCGCAGACUAUUCUUCGUGUUGGUAACAUUGCCAAUAAUUCUCGACUGUCGAGGAUUCACGCCAACUCACCGGCCAGCGCGUCUUCAGCGGCUGUCCUUUCCUCGACUGUCAACGGCGAUUCUGCCGCCAAGAGUCGUUGGGUAGGUCAACCGACCGACGUUGCAAUUCUUGAUUUGCUGGAUCACCUGGGCGAGGACGAUGUGCGUGACCGGAUCAGUGCCCGUGUUCACGAAACACCAUUCAGCUCCGAGCGCAAAUGGAUGGGUGUCGUGAUUGGUAGUGCUUCUGGGUCUUACGGGGGCUCCCCUGUCGCUUAUAUCAAGGGCGCUCUCGAGCAAGUCCUGGCCCGCUCCGACACUUACCUUACCAAAGAUGGACGUGAGGUCAUUCUCGAUGAACCUCGGCGCCAGAUCAUUCGGAAUGCGGCAGAGAACAUGGCCUCAGAGGGUCUGAGAGUUCUCGCUUUCGCAAGCGGGGCUGUUCGGGAAUCCAGGGGCAACAGAGGCUAUCGGUCACCGAAAUCGGCCCAGGUUGAUGAAGAUGAACGGUACAACGGCCUGGUCUUUGCUGGACUGGUGGGUAUGAACGAUCCGCCUCGCAGGGAUGUACACAAAUCUAUUCGUCGCCUGAUGACUGGUGGUGUCAGGGUCAUUAUGAUUACUGGUGACGCCGAGACAACAGCUGUAGCAAUUGCGAAGAAGCUUGGGAUGCCCAUUAGCGAUGCUCCUAACUCACGAUCAGUGAUCCGGGGCGAUGAGCUCGACCGCAUGACUUCUGCCGAACUUGCCCAGGCAAUCUCAACAGUCUCAAUUUUCGCACGUACGAGCCCAGACCACAAAAUGAAAAUUGUCCAUGCGCUUCAAUCUCGCGGCGAUGUGGUUGCCAUGACCGGUGACGGUGUCAACGAUGCGCCUGCCUUGAAGAAAGCCGACAUUGGUAUUUCCAUGGGCAAGCUUGGUACAGAUGUUGCCAAGGAGGCAGCGGACAUGAUUCUCACUGAUGACGACUUCUCGACAAUUCUGCGCGCCAUUGAACAGGGCAAGGGCAUCUUCUACAACAUCCAGAACUUCAUCACGUUCCAGCUGAGUACCAGUGUGGCUGCGCUCAGUCUGGUGUUACUCAGCACCACGCUUGGCUUCAAAAACCCGUUGAAUGCCAUGCAGAUCUUGUGGAUCAAUAUUCUCAUGGAUGGCCCACCAGCCCAAUCCCUUGGUGUGGAACCUGUUGACCCAACAAUCAUGAACCGCCCACCGCGACCCAAGACGGCCCGUGUUCUUACCAAACCUCUCAUCCAACGCGUUCUGACCCAAGCCCUGGUCAUCAUGGUUGGUACACUCUCAAUUUACAUCCACGAAAUGGGCGACAUCACCGACGGAUCCCCUGUGGACAAGCGUUCUCGAAUCGUAACAGCCCACGACACGACCAUGACCUUCACCUGCUUCGUCCUCUUUGACAUGUUCAACGCGCUUAGCUGCCGUAGCGAAGGCAAAUCUGUACUUCGUGGCGAAAUCGCGUUGUUCGGAAACAAAAUGUUCAAUUACGCUGUUCUGGGCUCUCUGGCCGGCCAGGCUUGUGUCAUCUACCUGCCUUUCCUGCAACGCGUCUUCCAGACCGAACCCCUGAGCUUCUCAUCUCUUGUCAAACUGGUGUUCCUUACUAGCUCUGUGUUCUGGGUUGAUGAAGGUCGCAAGUAUUUGCAUGCCAUGCGUCGCCGCCGUGGGGUCGGCCCGGGCUACAGUGCCAACGUCUGA